AUGAAACACUUGCCUUAUACUCAGUUCUUCAAACCCGAACUCGAAUUGGCGAUCAGUUGGGUUCAUAGCCUCGAAGCCUUGAGUAAAGAGUCUCUGGACGAGUUUCACGGCUUUGUCGCACAAAUCGGACAGCGCACGACGGCCUUGAUGAAUGAAGGGCUUGCAAUCGAAUUGUGGAUGGAGAAAUAUAAGCAAAAAGAAGAGAUCGAACAGGGAGAAGAGCGCUUCAAAAGGAUCACAAAAGAAAUCAAGGCACUCGGUUGGGACGAGCAAUACUUUCCACAACAGGGUGACCCCGACUUCGCAGCGUGGGACAAGUUCCUCCAUGAGAAAAGGGGACUAACCGAUCGUGGAUUCACAAUGAUUCGCACUAAAUUUACCAAUAUAUAUGAACGGCGGCGGAAGCAACAACUGAGCAAGGUGCUUCUCGACCGAAUCCAGGCCUACUGGAUUAAGUAUCGCACCAUUCAUCCUCCGGAAGAACGACGCCAUAUGCCUGGCUGGGGCGACGUCGAACACCUGCCUCUCAUUCCAGCCUUCGUAGAUGAGCAUUACUCCGAUUUCACUGAUGAGAUACUUGAUGAAUUUAUGCAGCAAAUCAUUGACUCUACCCAACACUUCUUCACCGCCGUCCAGCUCGACCUGGAUAUUAUCCUCAGCUGCGGUAUCUUCCAUUUACCCAACUUCUCACUGCUCGAAAUGGCGAGAGCCGUUUUUAUAUGCGGCGACAGCGGUUUGGAUACAGCAUACUUGCCCUCUGAAGCAUCCCCCCUCGUCGUGAAGGCGUACCCCGAGGUGGUCGAGUAUCUGGUCGACGCGAGUCCGCACACGUCGUGGUUUCUUAUCCGCCCAUAUUCGAGCCCUCUCUUGCACGAUGUGGCUCGAGAGGUCCUUGCAGCACUGAAUCUUCCAGCCACGGCCACUCGGAACGACGUUCGUGCGCUUGAGCCGUUUAUAUGUACCUGCUAUCACCCGGACUAUACGGGCAGACUCAGCUUUGAGAAACUUAUCGAGCACGUUUACGAGGAAAGAAGGUGGCACCGCUAUAUGGCAGCCAACGCUUCGACUUUGAAUCGUCAAGCACGGCUGGGCCUCUUGUGGGACAGCCAUUCCGGACACGAGCUUUCGAAUCGCAUGAGGCUCAUGCCUCCAGAAAACAGCAGAAGUUGUUUCUCUUCUUCCGGAGAGUCGUCAGGCGCCUCCUUUUCCGCGAUUCUUGCUUCAUCCUUUUGUUGCGCUUAUUGUUAUGAGGUCACAGGAGACAUUUACCCUGUCGCUCACCAGGUCGCAGAAUGGCACAUGAUGUAUCGACACUCACGACCCAGGCUUCCGGGGGAUCUCGGCUCCCUAGAGGAGCUCAAACGCAACAAGAUCCAAUCCGCCCAAAUGUGGAACACUUUGAGCAGCCUCAAUGGCAACCUGCUCUCCAGUGAUUUUAAAGACUCUGAAUUUGAGGAGGAGUUUAAUCUGUGGUUUGAGGGCCAUGCAGCAACCACAGAGACUUCUCAUUCCCCCGGCGGUGCGGACGGAAACGGGGAAGUUAAGAACUUUAAUUAA